AUGCUCACCGUUCGCGCGCUCGCCCCUGUUCCGCACCCACGCGCCCGUACGUCGCGCCCGUCGACGUCCGCCGUCGCACUGCGCUCGCGCACCGUCCCACGCGUCGCGCUCGUCGACGCCGAGCGCCCGUCCAGGACGCGGCUGGGGCGUCAUCAUCAAAAUCAUCAUCAACGCCACGGCUGCCGAACUCGAGGUGUUCCGGUGCUCCAGUCCCUCCCGCUCGUCGGGUGGGCCUUUAGUUCGCCCGUCAUGGCCAUCAUCUACGUCUUUGUGGCCGUGAAACUGUUCUUGGGCUAUUCCAAGACAACUUUUGGGAACAGCGUCAACCCGCUCGUGAUGUGCGGCUUAUGGCCCGUGCUCGCGAUCGUGAGUCAGAGCUUCAGGGAUAACGUCAAGCGAGCGAUGUGA